AUGGGCCAGGACUACUACGCCAUCCUCGGCGUGAACCGUGGAUGUAACGAUGCCGAACUAAAGAAGGCAUACCGUAAGCUGGCGAUGCAAUGGCACCCGGACAAACAUCCGGACCCAGCCGCAAAACAAAAGGCAGAAGAUAUGUUCAAGAACGUGUCUGAGGCCUAUGAUGUGUUAUCCGAUCCUGAGAAACGAAAGAUAUACGAUCAAUUUGGAGAGGAAGGUCUCAAAGGUACAGCUGGAACUCAGGGCCACAGUGCUGCAGGGCACCAGUAUGUCUAUACGGGCGUGGAUCCAACAGAAUUAUUCAAGAAGUUUUUCGGUGCUGACCGUGGUUUCAUGUUUAACGGUGGUUUCGGAGAUGAUAUGGGUGGUUUUAGUGAGGCGUUCGGCAUGCCUCAUGGCGCCAGGCAACGCUGCCAAAAGUCUCCCAACUAUGAAUUGGACCUACCUGUUACUCUUGAGGAGCUCUACACUGGCACAGUUAAGAAGAUGAAAAUCACACGUAAGAGAUUUGCAAACGGUGGUGAGUACAAGGAGGAGCAAAUACUUAAAAUUGAUAUUAAACCGGGCUGGAAAGACGGAACCAAGUUAACAUUUUCUGGUGAAGGAGACCAAGCCGCACCUGGCAGCCCACCCGGUGACCUUAUAUUCAUCAUUCGUGCUAAACCACACCCAAGAUUCGUUCGUGACGGCAACAACUUAGUGUACAAGUUUACAGUCCCCUUAGUCAAGGCACUGACUGGAUUCCAGGCGACGCUGACAACAUUAGACAAUCGCAGGUUGACAACCAGAAUUGUCGAUGUCGUUUCUCCAUCGUACAGAAAAGUAAUACCCAAUGAAGGGAUGCCGAUCUCCAAGAGUCCAUCACACCGUGGUGACCUAAUUUUGGAGUUCGAUGUCACAUUCCCGCGUGUAUUAACAGCGGAGCAGAAAAAACAAAUGGCUGCUGCGCUGAACGAGACUGGAUAA